AUGUAUAUCAAAUCCGUAACGAUACAAGGCUUCAAAUCCUAUAGAGACCAAACUUUCACUGGACAAGAGUUCUCACCAUCACAAAAUAUCAUUGUUGGUCGUAACGGAAGUGGUAAAUCAAAUUUCUUUAGUGCUAUUUCAUUUGUUUUGAGUGAAAAGUAUAGUAAAUUGAGAAGUGAAGAAAGACAAGCCUUUCUACACGAAGGUACAGGUAGAGGAGUUCUUUCUGCAUUUGUUGAAAUUGUUUUUGACAACUCUGAUAAUAGACUUCCAAUUGACGCAAAAGAAGUUGCAAUUAGAAGAACAGUCGGUUUAAAGAAAGAUGAAUAUAGAAUUGAUGGUAAAGCUGUCACUCAACGAGAAGUCUUUAACUUGCUCGAAUCAGCAGGUCUCAGUUCAAGCAAUCCCUAUUACAUUGUUGAACAAGGUAAAGUUGCAACCUUGACAACAAUGAAGGACUCUGAGAGAUUGGAAUUGUUAAAAGAAAUUGCAGGUACAAAAGUUUAUGAUCAAAAACGUGCAGAAUCUCUUAGUAUUAUGAAAGAAGCUGAACAGAAAAAACAAAAAAUUAAUGAAGCCAUUGAAUAUGUCCAAGAACGUUUAGAUGAAUUAGAACAAGAAAAGGAAGAACUUAAAGAAUUCCAAAAGCUUGAUAAGGAUAGAAGAUGCAUUGAAUAUGCAAUUUUUGAACAAGAGUUAAAUGAAGCUACUAAGAAUUUGGAAGAAAUUGAAAAGGCAAGAGAAAACCAACACAAGAUUGCAAACCAAUUACACAUGGAUAAAAUGUAUCUUCAACAAAAACUCAAAGAUUAUGAAAGAGAUAUCAAAUUAGCCAAAUUGCAGAAAGAAGCAAAACAAAAAGAAAAGGAUUUGUUGGAAACCGAAAGACAAGAACUCAUUCGGCAACGCACAAAGAUUGAUCUUGAAUUAAAAGAUUUCCAACAAAUACAUAAAGAAGAUGAAACUACUCGUAAAGAUGUUGAGGAAGAAUUAAGAGAAGUGAACAAGAAGAUUGAAGACAUUACUUCUCAACUCAAUGAUGAAGUAAUUCCUCAAUAUGAAAAUUUAUUAAGAGAAGAAAACGAAGUUGAAGAGAAACUUCAAGCAAGCGAAAGAAGAAUGAACGAACUUCUAAGUAUUCAAGGAAGAAAGAAUAGAUUCAACACUGUUGAAGAGAGAAAUAGAUGGUUACAACAAGAAAUUGAAAAAUUAGAAAAAGCUAAUGCUAGUUAUUCUGAACAAAUUACAGUUAGAACCACAGAAACAGAAAAACUCAAAGAUACACUUUCAAACUUGAAUAGAAUUAUUGAAGAAAAAAAGAAAAGUUUUACUGAGAAUAGAGCACAAAUUGAAUCUUUCCAAACAAGUUACAAUGAUCUCAAGAAUGAAAGAGAUUCUCUCACUAAUCAAAAGAAGGAAUUGUGGAAAGAACAAACAGAAACAGAAAAAGAAACUCAAAGACUUUCUGAAGAAUUAAGCAGAGCUGAAAGAAAGCUGGAAAUGACAUUCCCUCGAACUGUCACCUCUGGUAUCCACUCUGUUAGAAAUAUUGUGAAAGAAAGAAAUAUUGCUGGUGUUUAUGGAACAGUAAUUGAAUUGAUUAAGUGUGAUGAGAAGUAUCAUCGAGCAGUUGAAGUGACCGCUGGUAAUAGUCUCUUCCACUUGGUUGUUGAAAAUGAAAGAGUCAGCGGUGAUAUUAUUCAAGCUAUGAACCAAUCAGGAGCACAAGGAAGAGUGACGUUCAUUCCACUCAAUAGAUUACAAGUGACAGACGUUGAUGACAGUAUUGCAAACUCAGAAUUUGCUCCUCUUUGGAAGAAGGUCAAAACUGAUUCCAAAUUUGAUAUUGUUGUGAAACAUUUGUUUGGUAAGACCUUUGUUACAAAAGAUUUAGGAAGUGGUACUCAAUUUGCUAAGGAUCAUAAUGUCAAUUGUGUUACAUUAGCAGGUGAUCAAGCAAACAGAAAGGGUACACUCACAGGUGGUUACAUUGAACAACGUCAAUCACGUAUGGAUUGUAUGAAACAAAUUGAAAAUUUGAGAAAAGAUUACAAGGAGAGUCAUGACAAAUCAAAGAAGCUGAAGGCAUCUAUUUCUGAUCUCGAUGAUCGACUCAAUACUUGUAUCACAAGACUCCAAAAAGUUGAAACAGAAGUUCACAAUUCAAAGAAUACAAUCCAACACGAGCAACAAGAUCUUCAAAAUCUUGAAAUUCGUAAGAAUAACAUUGAAGAUAACAUUCGAUCGAAUGAAGAGCUAUUAGUUCGAUUGAAAUCUUCAUUGUCUGCCAAUAAGGAAACAAUUGAUUCAUAUACAAAGGAGAAAGAUUCUCCUCUCAGUGCCACAUUGAGUACUAGAGAAAAACAAGAGCUUGACAAACUCACAAAGACUGUGAAUGAUCUUACGAAACAAUUACAAACUGUUUCAAGAAGUAGAUUAGAACAAGAAACAAAGAGAGAUAGUCUGAGAAUUCAAUUGAACACUAAUUAUAUUCCAAGAAAAUCUGAACUUCAAUUACAUAUUGAUCAUUUGCCAACAGACUCUACUUUCUCAUCACAACAACGUUUAUCUCAACUCCAAGGUGAUAAGAAAGCAACUGAAGAUAGAAUUAAUGAUGUUACUGAAUCCAUUAAGGAACUUGAUCAAGAAAUUGAUGAUUUGAAUGAAAAAAUCAAAACAACUCAGGAACAGUUAGAAACUGAAAGAACUGAAGAAACUAAAAAGUUCCAAACUUUACAAGAAAAGGCAAAUUCUCUUGAAAAGUUGUUGAACAAGAAGAAGAUUUGGACUCAGAAGAGGGAAGAUUGCAUUAGACAAAUUAAGGAAUUGGGUACUCUUCCAUCAGACUUUAGAAAAUAUUUAGAAUCUGAUCAAAAGACUCUGAUGAAAAAGUUGCAUUCCACCAAUGAAAAAUUGAAAAAGUUUGGACAUGUGAACAAGAAGGCCCUUGAUCAAUAUGAACAAUUUAGCAAUCAAAAAGAUGAUUUCUUAUCAAAGAAGGAAGAACUAGAAAAGGGUGAGGAAGCAAUUAAUCAAUUGAUUGAAGUUUUGGAUCGAAGGAAGGAUGAAGCCAUUCUCAGAACCUUCAAACAAGUUUCACAGAAUUUUGAAGAAAUUUUCCAAACUCUUGUUCCUGGAGGUCAUGCUUCUCUCACCAUGAAAUCCAAAAAAGGAGAAGGUGAGGAAGAGGAAGAAGAUGAAACAGAUGAAACAUCCGAAGUGGAUCAAUUCACAGGAGUAUCCAUUAAGGUUUCAUUCAUGUCGAGCGGUGAAACAGAAGAAGAACAAUCUUACCAUCUCAUGCAACAACUUUCUGGUGGUCAAAAAUCACUGGUAGCACUUUGUCUGAUCUUUGCCAUUCAACGUUGUGAUCCUGCUCCAUUCUAUUUGUUUGAUGAAAUUGAUGCUGCUCUUGACUCUGCAUAUAGAACAAGUGUUGCUAAAAUGAUUGAAACACUUGCUGAGAAGGAAAAGAUUCAAUUUAUUACUGCAACUUUUAAAUCUGAAAUGUUGGAAUCUGCUGAAAACUUUUACGGAAUUUCAUUCAAGAAUAAGAUUUCUUCCAUUAAGAAGAUCACGAAGGAAGAAGCAUUGCGAGUUUUACAAGAAGAAGAACGACUGGGAGGUGCUCAAGUCCAACCAGGAGAAGAACGACCUCUCACUCCACCAACACAUGACGACCACAUGGACGAUCGAGAGGACUAG